AUGCGUAUCUUCACCCUUGCCCUUGUGGCUUCGUCCGCUCUCCUGCCCCGCCCCGACAGCGUCUCGGAGGCUGCGGAUCCUGCGCCGAUGGAACACCAAGACCUUGCUGUCGCUGUCUUGGCCGCCGAUGGCGAGAACUCCCCUCCUAGCAGGGUCUUGAGGUCUCAAGAAACGAUGGUGGUGCCGGAGACACUGGAAUCUUUCUGGCUGGGACUUCAGAAGUUUGUGGGGGUGGCGGAGAGCGUCGAUCAACCCAUGCUCCCCAGGCUAGUUAAUGUAUUUCUACAUCAUUCCGAAAUUCAGGGUUGGUUACGACGGUCUCAACGUGGGGAAAAGGUUAUCGUAUCUUUUCAUGCAAAGGACGCAGAUGGUGUGGCCAAACAGCUCUUUGUAAUGCGAGAGCAAGAGACGGAUUGGGUGGCGAAAGAGGUUGCGAAUAGGAUCUGUGCAGAUUUGGUGACGGGGUGGGUCGAAGUUGGCAAAACUCCGUCUCAAGUGUAUAAGCUACUCGACCUGCGUCGCUUGUCUUUUGACGAGUUAUUCGUAGAACAGAGAAGUGCAGCCGUCAGCGGCUUAAGGGACUUUUGUGAGGCUGCCAAUCCGGGCCGAGGCGAGAUUGUUUUCCUCGAAACCGUUAUUGAAGGAUUCGGUGGUGAUGAUGCAUUCGCCCGUCGUGUUUCCCAACUGACCACGGAUGAACUUCUCAAGGUCCAAGAGCACAUCUUUCCAGCUGUAAAGCAGAUGAAGUCCAACACGCCGAUGCUUUCACAAGACGUGUUCUUCUCGAAGUUUUUGGGACAUGUUGUCGAUGAAGCCACCACAUCAGCGUCAACUCCGUCGAAGGUCAAGGUCAAUACCGUCUAA